AAGUUCCCCUUCCGCUUCCUCUUGCCGCCUGGCCUGCUGCUGCUUCUCAGCCAGGGUGCCUCACCAGCCUCUCCACACCCCUGGUGCCCGCAGGAACGCUCCUGGCCCUGAGCUGUCAUCACCGUCACCCCGCAGGCGGCGGACACGAUGCAGGCCAUCAAGUGUGUGGUGGUUGGAGAUGGAGCCGUGGGCAAGACCUGUCUUCUCAUCAGCUACACCACCAACGCGUUCCCAGGAGAGUACAUCCCCACCGUAUUUGACAACUACUCAGCCAACGUGAUGGUGGACAGCAAGCCCGUGAACCUGGGGCUGUGGGACACCGCGGGCCAGGAGGACUAUGACCGCCUCCGGCCACUCUCCUACCCGCAGACGGAUGUCUUCCUUAUCUGCUUUUCCCUUGUCAGCCCAGCCUCCUAUGAGAAUGUCCGCGCCAAGUGGUUCCCUGAGGUGCGGCACCACUGUCCCAGCACGCCCAUCAUCCUGGUGGGCACCAAGCUGGACCUGCGGGAUGACAAGGACACCAUCGAGAAGCUGAAGGAGAAGAAGCUGGCGCCCAUCACCUACCCGCAGGGCCUGGCACUGGCCAAGGAGAUCGACUCGGUGAAAUACCUGGAGUGCUCCGCCCUCACCCAGCGGGGUCUGAAGACCGUCUUUGAUGAGGCGAUCCGGGCUGUCCUGUGCCCUCAGCCCACGCGGCCACAGAAGCGCCCGUGCAGCGUCCUCUAGGGCUGCACCCUAGCCCUCCCACCCAGAUGUCUCUGACCCUCCAGGGCCCCACCCAAGCCUGGUGGCACCCGGCUGGCCAUGCUGUCCCCUUCCUGUGGCAGUUCUUAGCAGGUGACUGCAGAACUUGGUUGACCGUCUUCUCUGUCUUCUCCGCUGGAAUCCUCUGGGGUUGGGAGGGUGUGAAUUUGCGGGCACUGCAUCCCAGUCCCCUCAUGCUCCUGCCUUCCCAGGGGCCAGUGGGAGCCCCAGGACUCACCAAGCUACACCUGUGUCACUGAGGUCGGCAUGGGUGGCUGCAUGUGGCAGUUUCUCCCCAUUUACUCCACCCCAUCUGCGCCUGCUCCCCUCUGGAACCUUUGGGCCAGCUGGUGACGGCCACCACUUGUACCCCUCUGGGGACGGGGCUCUCACUCCCUCCCGAGGCAGUCUGCUCCAGUGUUGGUGGUCCUCCUUGUCUGAAAGUCCUUCUACUGAGCAAAAGUGGAUGUCUCAGAAGUUUGCUCCCUGGUCUCAGUUCUCCGCUUUUGAGACAACAUAAAACAAAUUCUCUAGAUCUCUGGGGGUGUCUGCUCAGCCGGCUGGAAGUCUGGGUUCAGCCGACACCUGCCAUCUCUCAAGACUUUCUGCUCUGCUCACAGAAUCCUGAACUGCAUUCACCUGUGGGAGUCUUAAAACUUUUACACCUUGCCCGUCAGGACUUUUGCUAUUGCAAAUAGAAAACUCAGUUCAACCUGCUUAA